UAUGGUUACCCUGUCAUUUCCCGAAAACGAAAGGAAUCGCAUUGUUAUGAUCAACAUUUACCUCCUACUCCUCCACACUCAUAUCUGAUUAGAGCGUGGACGUGAACAGUGAGUGUGAGGUGACUAACCAAAACCAUUGUGCUUGCUUUGUUGAUGGUUCAUUUUCCAUGACCAUGGAGUCUAUGCAUGUGGGUGCUGACCAUGAACAGGUCAUUGUGAAGAGAAUCCCAGGCAGAUGGAGGGAGCUUUUCCAGUCACUGAGGCACCCCUCUGAUGGCCUGACCAGAGCUCAGGUGUGGUAUGACGAUGUGUUCACGUCACAGUACGGCCAAGCUCCACCAUGGUCUGAUGUUUUGGAAGGGCUGACUGCUGCUGAACCAGUCUUGACAGAAAAUGGAAACCUGAAAUUCGAGUGCCGAUUCACAGUGUUACCUGUUGGGACACAGAAGAAUUUUCUGACAUUUCUUCAUCAGUAUGUGGACACUGUUCCAGCUAGUCAUCUCAAAAUAUUUCUGGAAAAAAUCUCUGUGGUGGACACUAGUGAUCAGUGGCUAAAACAUCUGAGAUGGAGUCUGAUGAAAACCCUCCAGAGCAGGCAGGAGGAUGGAGGCUUUGACGGUGACAGUCUGAACCGAUCUGAGCCAUUUAGGUAUUCAUUCAGCAAUGAAGAGAACAGAAAUGCCUUCAAGAGUCUGUGUAAAGAUAUCCAGGAUUCUUCCUACUCAUUACCAUGGCAGCAGAAUUACAACUUCCUGGAAAGCAGGCAUGGAGAUGGCAAGGAAGAUGUUACUUCCCCUGUCAUGGUUACCUCCCCUGCUAGGGUUACUUCCCCUGAUAUAGAAGACGAAGAUGACAUGACGGAAUCUCAACAAGAGAUGCCUAAAGAAUUACAUGUAGCAAACAUAGACAGACCAGAAGCUCCGGCUGUUAAGAGGUUAAAGCUAGAAGCCUCACAGCACUUUCCAGGUAGCCCUCUCAACAUCUCUGGGGAUUUUUCCCUCUCACAAGUGUCCUCCCCUCUCUCAGCUGACGACUGGGCCAUGGUUGGGAGAUUAAAAGAUAUGUGGGGAUCAGUAACUGGUGAAGUGGCGGUACCUGAGGAGAUCAAACUGUUCUUAUCCUGUACCAUGCCUCAGAUGAAGGAAGUUUGUGAUGAACUACAGUUGGAUACUCUCAGCGAGGUUGCCAUGAUGAUUUCUUGUGAUCAUUUAUGUAGUCUUGGUGAAGAACUGAGCCAUAGCAACUGUGUGGAGUUUUUAACAGCUGCUGUUUUGCCAAAGGUAAAGGUAACGAUAACGACUGUCCCACGAUCGUUGUGUUCUGUCCUGGCUAAGGUGUCCAAGCAGUUCCCGCGAGCUCUCAUUGACGGAGUCAUUACACCCUGCCUGCAGGAUGUGGAUGCAGCUGUCUGUCAGGCUCAGAUGUUCUGCAAGGUGAUUAAAGAGAUGUUUUCUGGUGCCAGUCGUCUUUAUUUACUACAGAAACUAGUGGAUGGUAGUGUGCCUGUGUCCGCAGGCCUCUUGUCUUUGAUACAGAUUUUGAUAGACUUAAAGGUUGAUAUGGACAGACAUGUCAUGCACUCACUUGUACAUUUGCUGGCCAAGUUUUCUGGACCUUUUGCAGAGGAUAUAAAAUUUGGAAAAUUGUUGCUUGCAUUUGUGACGAAGUAUGGGAAGCAGAUGAACAUGGAAUGUGUUGACCUGUUAAAAGUGGUCUCUUCAGAAAAUCAGACUUUCUUAAAGAAGGCUGUCUCUACGGCAAUUGCCAAAAUAGAAAAAGAAAAGUCUCUAACAAGAAGCUGAUAGCUGAUAUCCUAGAAAAUGAAGGGUGUUGAAAUGUUAAGGCUGUGCCUUAGAAAAUGAAGGGUGUUGAAAUGUUAAGGCUUUGCCCUAGAAAAUGAAGGGUGUUGAAAUGUUGAUAGCCUGUGCAUUAAAAAAUGAAGGGUGUUAAUUGGUUGUAAGAACAUUAACUCAGAUAUUUACAAAAUGCCUUAAAAAAAGAAAUAGAGAAGAAAUAGAGAAAGAUCCCUUGGUGAAGAGAAUUUACAUAGGAAAAAAAUAAUAAAAUGCCUUCUUAACUUUCUACAUUCUGUUAUAUUCCAACUGCAGUUUGAAACUUCAUGUUAUUUUCUAGGUAUUCCUUGAAGUAUAUAUAUAUAUAUAUAUUGUAUGUAUCCUGAGAUCCUUGAAUUUGUGGUGCUCAGGUAAGUUAGCUCGUUAAAAUUGAGUAUUGCAUUGUAUAGUCAUCCUAAACGUUUCCGUCCCAAUUCAGAAUCGACUAUAUUCAGCACACUUUUUUUUUUUUACAACAAGCCAUUUUAUUGGUCACCCUAGUGUGAUAAACACUCCUAAACUACAAGGUGUACUGACAAGGUAUGCAUUACAUGUAUUGCAGGAAAUAAACUGCUUGUUGAUACAAAAAUGAUACAGAAACUAUGCGAUUUACUCAUGGAUAAACCCACGCUUUUCAGCGGAUGCUAUAAAAUCAAAUGCCAAAGUAAGUAAUUACGAGGGGAUGUUCUUGAGUGAUACACGUCAUUGUAAAAUCCAAAUCGCUUAAUAGCCAUGAAUUUACACUGCUGUACACCUCAUUAAUGCGUGCUUUCUCCAUACACACUGCUGUACACCUCACAUAAAUAUGUGCUUUUCCUUAUACAUACUGCUGUACACCUUACAUAAAUUUGUGCGUUCUCCACACACACACUGCUGUACACCUUACAUAAAUUUGUGCUUUCUCCACACACAUACUGCUGUACACCUUACAUAAAUUUGUACUUUCUUCACACACACUGCUGUACACCUCACAUAAAUUUGUGCUUUCUCCAUACACACUGCUGUACAACUUACAUAAAUUUGUGCUUUCUCCACACACACUACUGUACACCUCACAUAAAUUUAUGCCUUCUUUAUACACACGGCUGUAUACCUUACAUAAAUACCUGUAUGUGCUUUCUCCACACACUCUGCUGUACAUCUUACAUACAUUUGUGCUUUCUCCACACACACUGCUGUACAGCUUAUAUAAAUUUGUGCUUUCUUUAUACACACUGCUGUAUACCUUACAUAAAUUUGUGCUUUCCUUAUACACAUUGCUGUACACCUAACAUAAAUUUGUUCUUUCUCCACACACACUGCUGUACACCUCACAUAAAUUUGUGCUUUCUUUAUACACACUGCUGUACACCUCUCAUAAAUUUGUGCUUUCCUUAUACACAUUGCAGUAUACCUUACAUAAAUAUGUGCUUUCUCCACACACUCUGCUGUACACCUUACAUAAAUGUGUGCUUUAUACACCCCACUGUAUAUCUUUCAUAAAUUUGUGCUUUCUCCACACACUCUGCUGUACACCUUACACAAAUUUGUGCUUUCUCCACAUGCACUGCUGUACACCUUACAUAAAUUUGUGCUUUCUUUAUACACACUGCUGUAUACCUUACAUAAAUUUGUGCUUUCUCUACACACACGCUGCUCUACACCUUACAUUAAUUUGUAUGUGUGGAUUUUUCCAGCAUUAUUCGUUGUUACCAUUCUGUUGUUUGGUUGUUGUCUUAAGGAAGAAAACCAUCACUGUUACUUGUCAUUAAAUUGAAAGUUAAAACUUGGAAGAACCGUAAUCCUGUCAUC